AAAGGAUCAAUAUAUUCCCUCCUAUUUUUGGAAACUGGCUUUCCUCAUGAUUUAUGUGCAAUAUGAGUUAGUAGAUGAGUGAACAAUAAUUUGCAGCUCAGAGGUUUUACCUCCAGGGGUUAUCUAUCAAAGAGCGAUAGUUUAUAAAUACCUCACAAAAUAUCAGGAUGUACAUUCUGGGUUAUCUUAUAUUAGAGGGAUUUUAAAAUUUCGACUGUUCGAGAGUCAUAGCUUUCAUUCGAGAAAAUUAUUUAUGAUGCGACAGCUGGCAAGAAACUAUAAUACUUCAAGCUCAUUAUUAGCUUAGUUCUUGUAAUUUUAAGUCAGGUUUUCGACCAAUAACUCAAAGUAAGAAUUAUUCAGACUGGAAAACAUAAUAAUUAAAAAUGAAUAUGGAUCAUGGCUCCACGAUUUCCUGUACUUUCAGUAGUAGGAAACCUAAAGGGGAUAAAAAGUAUAAAGAUACCAAGGAAAUGCAUUGAAUAGAUGAUUCAGAGACCCGCAAGAACCCAAUAUUGGAUCUCUCUGAGACAGACCUUUGUUCACAAGACCAUCAACAGAUUAGUGAAAUUGAGAGAAGGCUUCAAGUGGCCAAAGAUAGUUUCAGCGUUCAUUUAGAAGAUACUCCUUGAGCCCACCCUACUCCUCCGCUCAGAACUCCAAAGACCGAGCUCUCCUUAAUGAAGGCUAAAAUCGACCAAAUCCAGAACGAACUCAUCCAAAGCUCAGAUCCCAAUAUCAAGAAGUCCAACCUCCUUCUUUUAGAGAGACUCAGAACUCUGAAGGAUAAUUUUGAUCAAGUCCUUGCUUUAUACAACAGCACCUCGUCCUCCCAAAACCCGCCCCCUCCCUCCUCAGCCCAGCCCUCCCACCCCGAAAACCUCUCCUUUAACUACAACAUAAAGGUCGAAAACAACACUAAAAUCUAUACUAUUGGGCACUACUCUUCAGACAGCCAAGACCAGAGUCCUCCGAGACUUCAGAUCCAUAUUGAUGACCUUGGAGAGUGAAGGAGUCCAAGGUGUCACAGCAAAAAUACUAAAUCUAUCAGAUUCCUGAAAGAAAAUGAACUGAAGAGCAAAUCCACCAUGAGAAGGAAAAGAUCUGAAAGAAAUAAAAGUCAGAAACAUAGCAGUGGAAUCAGUAAAAAGGCUGGCAAAAUGAGGUCAAAUAAACUCUGCCAGUACUAUCAAAUGGUAGAUCUUAGUACUUCUAAUGAGAGACAGCAGACGCCACAAAAUAAGAAACUAAAUUCUAGACUUCUCAGCAAGAAUAGUUAUUUGGCAAACCUACAGCUGAAAUACAAAGGAAAGAAUAAUCCAACUAAUAAAGCUAUUGCUAAGAUUAGAAAGAGUAGAAAAGCAGUCUCAAAGUCUGGAAUUAAGAAAGUUAAUUACGAAGGAGAUUAUGCUACCAGAAGAUUCAAUUACAAGAAGUCUAAACUAGCAGAAGGCAGCAAUAGUAGGAAUACAAAGAACUCACCUAAACUUAAUAAGUGAAGAGUAAGUCCAUCAACGAAGAGGUCUAAAAAUAAAAGUAAAGGAGGUAAAUUCAAAGUACCCUCUUUACAUUUAUCAAACAGGAUUGCUAGAGUCAAGAAUGUGAGCUCUACUUGUAAGAACUCUUCUUCUAUUAACAGAGCAUUCAACAAUAAGAGAUCGCCUAUUAGAAAUUUGAAGUAUGUGAGCGAGAAGACUUCUUCCACUAAAAAGUCAGAAACAUUUACUUUACCAAAAGAAGCUAGGAGUGAUUUGAAGAAAUAUAUGAGUCCAAUCAUGUCAAAUAGAUCUGUAAAGAGAAUCAAUGUAGAUUUAGAAGUGGUCCCUCCUUUGCUAACAUUUGAAUGAGAGAAUAACAACCCCUUAGAUGCUUUCCACGAUCUGAAUACUUCUCAGUCAUCUACAACAGAGUUUAAUGCUCUAAGUUCUCCUUCAGAGAUUUCACAAAAACUCCAAAGGGAGGAAAUAUCAACUGAUGAUCCCUUGCAUAAUAUCAAGAAGAAGUUAUCAAAGAGAAUAGAUAUUCUCUUUGCUUAAGGAUAACAAGAUGCUGGGUAAAGAAUGAUAAGUCUCUAAAAUAAUUCCUCAAUACUAUUA